UAGAUCUAAAAUUACUUAUUUUAUUAGUUUUCAUGACAAGUAGAGGAGUGAAAUUUACGAAUUCUUGCAUAAAACGUAAAUGCAUUUUCCCUCAGACUCAGAAUUUGAUAAAUGACAAAGUAAAGGAAUAUAGGCAUAAAUGACUGAAAUGAUGACAACAUGCUUUCAUUCACAGUAUAAAAGAUGUGGAUUUUUUUCUUCAACACUUCACAUCUUCUGAGGGCUUAGGAUUUCCUCUCGAAGUUUCCAUACAAGUAGUAAUUUAUUAAUUUGGCUCAUUAACAAUCCGAUCUCCGGUUACGGGUUUAUAUUCUUGUGAGGAUUGGAUGCAUGAAACAUCCGUAAUAAUCUAAUUUGUGUGUUUCUUAAUACCUGCAUUAUUAUUCGUGGAGAUCUAGUCAUUCCAUUUUACUGGCCGUUCUAGUACGUAUUUUUAAAAUUUUAGUAUCAUUUCGAACACAUUUCGGCCAUGUCGGAAAAACUGUUCGAAGGAAGAGACCAUGCUAAAUUGUACAGUUCUUAUAGGAAAGACACUCCUACAAAAGUGAUAGAGAAAAUCCUUUCAUUUUUAAAAGAAAAGGUGCCGGAACCUCUAGAGACAGCCGUGGACGUUGGCUGCGGGAAUGGUCAGAGUACAAUCAUCCUCGCCCCCUACUUCAAACAAGUGCACGGAUCCGACGUCAGUGAGGCGCAGAUAGAACAGGCAAAAGCGACCAGGUCACUCCCCAAUGUCACAUACCUCUCUAGUCCAGCAGAGAAACUUCCUUUCGAUGACGGCUCCGUGCAGCUGCUGACGGCCGCAACUGCCCUCCACUGGUUCGACUUGGACACUUUCCUGCCAGAGUCCAGGCGAGUGCUUUGCACAAACGGCGUCAUGGCUGUCUACGGAUAUCAGAACAUGAAGCCUCUUUUUGAAGAUCCACUGAAAGCUGUUCAGUUCGACAAGAUCUUUGAAGAGUAUAACGAGACGAAGAGACCUUAUUCAUUGCAGUCCAAAACUCAGUUGAUGAAAGAAAAUUAUAAAGAUGUCAAAUUUCCUUUUGAAGAAGUCAUUAGGUGUCCCGAUGUCCGUUGCACCUUUGAAGGAACACUGUCGGAUGUCGUGAAUUACGUGAGCACUUUUUCAGGAUUCCAAAACUUCAUGAGGGUUGACCAAAAAGCGGCAGAGAAAUGCCUCGACACCUUCCGAAGAAGGCUGUACGAAAUAGGAGCUUCUUGCAAUUAUUUUGCAAAAGAUACCCUCACCUUGUAUCGGGAUUAUAAACUAAUCCUCUGCAGAAAAACCAGAGAUGGUGCAUUUGUUUGAUGGUAUCCAAUAUAAAAGAAAUAUCAAAAUUUCAGAUCCAUGCAGCCAACAAUUCCUCCAUAAAUGUAGCUUUCAUAUUUUAUAAACUGUUAAGAGUUCAAAUAAAUGACUAUUCAAUUUUUUUUU